GAACCUGUAAAGUCGAGGUGAGGGGAGGGAGGGUUUAGAACGGAUCCGAGGGAUGAUUGGCCAACCCACUCAUCUCCCCGCCCCUCAAUCUUUCUCAGCCUCGUUUUGAAAACAUGCACCGGCUCGUGAUUGGCCGGUAUGAUCCUCAGCUUCACCUGAAUCCUACCAAUGAAAAGAUAGGCUCGCAGGGCCUGUCGGGAAAGGGAGCCGGCCUAUAAAAAGGCCUGGGCCGCAAGGCCUCCUCUGUUAAGGAUACUGCGAAGGGCUGUUGGCGUAGUAUUAAAUCUUUUACUUUGGGAUCUGGAAGGGGCGGCCGGUUAUCUUGGGAGGCGCUGCGGGAACAUGGCCGAGGGAGACAAUCGCAGCAGCAACUUGCUGGCUGCAGAAACUGCCAGCCUGGAAGAGCAGUUACAAGGAUGGGGAGAAGUGAUGCUGAUGGCUGACAAAAUCCUUCGAUGGGAAAGAGCCUGGUUUCCCCCUGCCGUGGUGGGCGUGGUUUCUUUGGUAUUCCUUUUGAUCUACUACUUAGAUCCAUCUGUUCUUUCUGGUGUUUCCUGUUUCGUGAUGUUUUUGUGUCUGGCGGACUACCUUGUACCCAUUCUUGCUCCUAGAAUAUUUGGCUCCAAUAAAUGGACUACUGAGCAGCAGCAAAGAUUCCAUGAAAUUUGCAGCAAUCUAGUGAAGACACGGCGUAGAACUGUUGGCUGGUGGAGACGCCUCUUCACCCUGAAGGAAGAAAAACCUAAAAUGUACUUCAUGACCAUGAUUGUUUCCCUUGCUGCCGUUGCUUGGAUUGGACAGCAAGUCCACAAUCUUUUCCUCACCUACCUUAUUGUAACUUUCUUGCUGCUACUUCCUGGACUGAACCAACAUGGAAUCAUUUCAAAGUACAUUGGAAUGGCCAAAAGGGAGAUAAACAAGCUCCUCAAACAAAAGGAGAAGAAAAAUGAAUGAUGCAUCUCUUUCAUUGAGUAUCAUAAAUGUGACAUAGUGUCCUUGGGAACAGUUUCUACAAAGUAUGUGUACUAAAAUGUUGCAGAAGCACAUUUUUACUUUCUCAUUUAACUUCUGAUUGGCUCUUGAUAUGAAUUUGAGACUGACAAGUUGAAAGGGCCUAUGCAUUGUGUCUUUGUAUAAAGUUGAACAGAAUGUGUCUUCACUGAUUAAUAUUGAUAACAUGGAAAAUAGCUGUCUGUGAAAUGGCCCCCUCUGGACUUGUUCUUGUUUCAUCACCCAAGGUUAACUGAACUGGCAUUUUUAGAUAACUAAACCCUCUAGGAUAGUAGUUUAGUAAUUCACUAGUAUAGUAAUUCACUUUAGUCCUUUAGAAUGUUAACAGUAACUUGAGUAAUACAGUCCAUCUUAAAGUGGAAAAUCUCAGGUUAAACUUCCUCCUAGAGAAAUAGUGGUGGUCUGUGGGUAUAGAAAGUAGGUUUCACAUCCUGCUUUGAGAAGUUGGCUCCAUGGAUAUAAUGACCAAUUUUGUCACUUCUGACAAAGAGACCAAUUAGCAUUAAUUUUCCAUUCCUAUUCAUUAUCAUGGAGAUGCCUACAGAAUUACUUAAAAGAUGGUUUGGUUAAUGUUUUGCCCCUAUGGAACACCUUGGCAGUGUGCAGAAAUUAGAUCAUUGCUGCCACGUAGCAGUCUGGCACGCUACUGUCAGUCACUCUUGUGCCCUCACAUUUAAGAAACAGUAACUUCUAUUUAAUAAGUCAUUGAGAAGGUUCAUUAUAGUACCUCCUAAAUAGAGUUCCACUGUUAUAAUUAUCUAAAUCCUUGGCCUGGGGGAGAGGGCAAAGGAAUAACUAAUGAGUAGAGUCACCAUUAGGUAAAAACUUUAGAAACGAGUUGUGGCCAAUAGUAUUCACUCCUAGCUCUAAAACCAAACAGUAAAACUUACCCUUAAAUUUGUGAAGACCCACUCUAAUAGAUGAUACAUCUCAUGAGAUACUAUUUAAAAUUUUCAGACUUAUGACUCAUUAAUAGUUAGAAGACACUGCUGUCACCAUGGCUUUAAUAUAAAAACAAGUGAUUGCCUGUGUCCUUUUCUUUGACCACUCCAUAGAGAAUGAAAGGGCUAUUGGUAAAAGUAUGCUAGAAAGUCUGCCCCCCCCUCCCCCGUUCGUAUGUUUUGAAUUUACCAGGUAUUAAAUUAUAUUCACUUUCAUAGCCAGAAAUUGAGGUAGCUUUGAAUUUGAAUAAAGAAACCUCUGAAGCUUGCAGCACUUCUUCUCCACCAACACCCUGCCCCUUGUGAAAAAUGUCAAGGAAUGUUUAGAAACAAUAUUUAAAAUCUUACUAACUAUGAUAUAGUUUUGUGAAUUUAAUUGCACUGAAAUUAUAAAAAACUGGGCUGUGAUAAUUUAUGUUCUAACAGUAAACUUUUGUUUUCAGAAUACUACUGUAGCCAGGGAGCCCAUGUAGCAUGAUUAGUUUUAUGAAUGUUGUCUGAUAUACAAACCACCUAGAAAAUAUUGCAUUGAUUUCCUCUUGUAAAUAAGCCUGUCUUCAUAGUUGGUUUUGUGUGUUGUACUGAUGACCUCUACUGUUUUAAUCCUGUAUUAUUCCUUCUACUGUGUUUUGUGUAGGAAGAAACGGGGAGAGAAUAAAGAAGGAUGAGAAAGAAUAAAAAAAUUAAACUCUUUACUUACA